AUGUUCUACAAUAUUAUCAACUCGGAGCCCCGGUCCGGAGAUUCUGUAACAGUCAUCAACCCCAGGACAAGUGAGUCCCUCUGGGAGGUACCAGUCGGACGUGAGACGGACCUUAAUGACGCAGUGGAGGCUGCAAGGGUGUCGUUUGAAUUAUGGAAGGUCCUACCUGUCGAAGAAAGACAGAAAUACCUACUCAAACUAGCCGAUGAACUAGAACAUCGAAGAGAUGAAGUACAACCUCCUCUAGCAGGGGAAACCGGAAAAUCCCUGGGAAAGCUUACUGUUGCAGCAUCUCAGUCGUUGCCUGAUAAAGUGGAUUACGAAACCGAGACCCUCAAAAUCGUGUCUACCCAUCCUCCUAUAGGCGUGGUAGGUGCGAUUUGCCCUUGGAAUUUUCCGCUCGUCUUAGCCGCUAGCAAGAUUGCUGCAGCGCUCGUCAUGGGAAAUUCCAUCAUUGUCAAGCCGUCACCAUUUACCCCAUGUGCCACUUUGAAAUUCGUUGAGCUUGCGACGUCCGUGCUUCCGCGGGGUCUGGUCCAGGCACUCAACGGAGACAGCGACAUGGGAAGACUCAUUUCCAUUCAUCCAGGCAUCGACAAGAUUACUUUUACCGGAUCCAUUGCGACUGGGAAAAAGGUAGGUGAAAGCGCGGCCAAGUCUCUGAAACGAGUAACACUCGAACUCGGUGGAAACGAUGCAAGUGUCGUCUGCCCCGAUGUUGAUGUCAAAGCCGUUGCUACUAAGGUGGCUGCGGGAUCCCUUUUUCAUUCGGGGCAAAUGUGCGUUGCUACCAAAAGGGUUUAUGUGCAUGAGUCGAUUUUCCAAGAAUUCCGGGAUACUUUUGUGGAGGCAGUGAAGAAUAUCAAAAUCGACCCUUCUGAUGACCAGUCACCUCUGUUUAGUCCUGUCCAAAACGGGCUACAGUACAAGGUGGUCAAAGAUCUCAUCGCCGAUUGCAAGGACAACAACUACACGUUACUUUGUGGGGGAAACGCCGACGACGAGCAGCCAGGACUUUUCGUCGCACCUGUUGUUGUGGACCGACCACCGGAUGAUUCUCGCAUCGUCCAAAUGGAGCAGUUCGGUCCUAUCAUUCCACUGAUGAUAUGGUCUACUGAGGAUGAAGUGCUUCCAAGGGUCAAUGGGACAUGUACUGGGUUAGGGGCUUGCGUGUGGGCCAAUGAUGUUGGCACUGCGGAGCGGAUUGCGCGGAAGAUUGAGGUCGGAACAGUAUGGAUCAAUAGCGCCGAAGCCCCCAACCCAUACGGCUACUGUUCUGGUUGGAAGCAGAGUGGGAUUGGAGGCGAGUGGGGGAGCCAGGGCUUGCUGUCGUACUCUCACACGCGAAUAAUUCAGCUGUGCAAGUAA